AUGCUUCGCCCAAUUCGAUCCGAGAGUUGGUUCCGGGGAUCGAAGGUGGAAAACUACCGCCACCGCACCAAUCGGUGGACGUUGAUGGGAUUGGGCCUCAAUCUGGCCCGCCUGUUAGUGGUGUCAGUUAUUCUUGGCUCGGGCAUUCUGAGCUUUGCCAAUAGCAUAGUGAAUUACUUACAAGCCGCAGGACGCAGUGGGUACAUCCGUCAGUUGAUUGCGCUUGUCAUCAUAUGGUGUAAUUCGGAAAUCAGUUUCCAAUCGACGAUAGUUCUGUUGUUUAUUGCAUUGUACGAAACGUUCGCCCUCACAGUCGUCUGGAUCACGAUGAACCCACACCGGGAUGGGUACGGAUUGUACGAUUGGUUCGUUUCGAUGACUUUUCUGGCGCCAGUCGCAAUCUGUUCGUUGUUCGCUGCCCGAUAUUGCGUAAAUUUUUUAACUCUAAACUGUAUAAUGGAUCGAUUGAAUCAGGACCUACGGCGACAGGUGCGCAGAUUUCAGCGACGGAUGCACGUGGCCGCCGUGGAAGAUAUUAGCGCGUAUAAAUUUGCUGCUCACGCUGAACACGAAUUAGGUGCGCAUUUGGACCGAUUAAUUAUCGAGUACGAUAAGCUGUAUGAUUUAGUGAUGGCUAUAAUUGAAAUGUAUUCGCCAACAAUUGUGCUGCUGUUAGCCCUCGAUUUUGUGCAGGUUACAUUUCAGAUGUAUAUGUUCUACUGCGAUCUAACGUAUGUAGCGCUGCGGGAUGAUGGCCUGAGUGAGGCAAUUUCAUCGAUAGUUUCUGCUAUGCUGAGUUAUAUCGAAAUAGCUUUAAUGGUUGUUUGCACGUCAAAAUAUACGGAUGAGGUUCAAAAAUCCAUUAGAAUAAUGCAGCUUUUCGGACUCGAUUGUCAAGAAGAUGAAACACAUAGUAAGGUUUACAAACUUUCUUCAACUUUCAACAGAAUGCACGACGAUUGCACAAAUUACUAUUUCUUUCCAUUCAAUGCAACUUUUCUGAGUACGGUUGUUGUCACAGCAAGUUCGUAUCUCAUAUUGUUGAUUCAGACUGUAUAGGAUCAUUCACGGCUCCCAUUAUAAACCAAUUUCGAGGAAUUCCACUAAAUAUUUAUCUCACGAAAUGAAAAAGAACAUUUAUAAUUCUACCGCUUUAACGCCUAAAUGUUGAUCAGAGAUCAACAGAAAAAAUAUGAGUUGUACCUACUACACAAUACAACUCGAAGUCAUUAUGCAAGUAUGUUUUAUUUGCCCUACUGAAAAAAAGCAAUACGGGAAUCAGAUCAGGAUUUAAUAGGUACAAAAAAUAAUAUAGAUAACUAAAGAUAUACUCAGAUGAAUAAUGCGUAUAUUACCAACAAUUGCACAAAACGAAUAUGACGAUAGCUUAAUAACAUUCAUCAUUCGAUUGGAUUUCAUUAUCUUUCACUUCAUUUCAUUUUUCAUGAAAUUCACUUAUCGCCAACCUCAAAUUACGUCAGUGCUAGAGAUUUGUUCUUCUGUCGAACUACAGUUGUAAUUUCAGCAUAGCUGAUAACUUCAUGCUGCUCAACCCCUCCCUCACCAACUCCAUUCAAUGAGAGGGGAAACCGUUUCCAGCAGCAUCAGCCAGUAGCGGUGACAAAGAAAAUGGGAUGGAAAGACUUUCCUUUCGCCGACAUGAUAAAACACUUCCGCUCUGCGGUUUCGGGUCCGUGCGAUAGGAAUCAUUUUCCGCCGAUGGCCGAGGCCGAGGGAGACGAUCAUCAACCGGAAGGAGUGGGAUAAUUUUCCGGGCGACCGGUGUGUGAAGGGCGGGAAUGACACUGGUUAUUAAUCUCCUCGCGAUUUUUCAUCGACAGCUAAGACUUUUGCAGCGAACUUUUCAUUUUGCGCCACAGCGACGAAGACGAUGACGACGGCCGAA